AUGGCUCCUGCACGAUUAUCUAAUUCUCUACUCGGGGUAUUCCGAGCACCCUCACUCCGUCCAGCAGCUGCUUGGAGGCAGAAGUGCUGCUACCAUUCGUACGAGUACAGCCAGCCGCCUCCGUUUCCUCCCGCCGAAUCCGCCAUCCUCUCCGCCGCGAUAUCCCACGUACCGAACUAUGGCUUUACGGCAGAUGCCCUGAAACUGGGGGCGCGCGAUGCUGGAUAUUUGGAUGUCUCGACCAAUCUGCUCCCGCGAGGAGUCUUUGACCUCGUCAACUUCCAUCUUGUCACGCAGCGAUUGGCAUUGAAGGACUCGGUGCAGUUCCCAACUGAAGGCGAACAAGGGAAGACGCCAGGCGUGGGAGCAAAAGUCAGGACGCUGACAUUAGCACGAUUGCGGGCUAAUGAGCCCGUCAUACACCGCUGGCAGGAGGCUCUUGCGAUCAUGGCCCAGCCCACAUACGUUCCAGCGUCUCUCGCCGAGCUAGCUCGACUUGCGGACGAAAUAUGGUUUCUCGCCGGCGACAAAAGCGUUGACAGCAGCUGGUACACGAAACGAGCAAGCUUGUCGGCGAUUUACUCAGCCACGGAAGUGUUCAUGACGCAGGAUACUUCCAAAGACUACAUGGAGACGGAGCAAUUUCUCGAUGCGCGCCUGGAGGACAUCACGAAAGUCGGUGGCUUCUUGGGAGCUCUCAGUGAGUGGGCGGACUACACUGCCCACUCUGCUGUGAACGUGCUCAGGAGCAAGGGGAUGAGAAUAUGA